GCUGAAGUACAAAUGGAAAUUCAGUCACUUUUGGCCCGUAAGGGAGGAAUCAUGGCUUCGUUGUAUUCAGUCCAUCAACAAGAUGGCAGCAUGACCUUAGAGUUGUCCCUGCAGAUUAACCAUAAACUGCAAGCUGUUUUAGAGGACACACUGCUCAAGAAUAUUACAUUAAAGGAGAGCCUGGACACUCUUGGUGAAGAAAUUGCCAGACUUUCCCAGGAGAAUAGACAACUUCAGUUGAGCAUGCAGCAAACAGGACAGCUGACCUGA